ACGUCAACGAGUGCCAAACCUCACCGUGCAGACGAGGCUCGUGUCACAACACACCUGGAGGUUAUAACUGCACAUGCCCAGCAGGAUAUACCGGCAUGCAUUGCGAAGCGGAUUUAAAUGAGUGUUCCAGCAUGCCUUGCGGUAACGGUGGGACSUGUGUGGAUCAAGUAAAUGGCUAUUCUUGYACAUGCGCACCUGGAUACACUGGUAGAMACUGCGAGAGCCUGGUAACAGAUUGUACUACAAAACCCUGUCAAAACGGUGGAACAUGCUCCGCAGCRAACAACAAGUUCACRUGUACCUGUAAAACAGGUUAUACAGGUUURACGUGUGRCGUCAAUGUUAAYGAAUGUCAAUCRAAUCCUUGUAAAAAUGGUGCGACAUGCGUAGAUGGUAUCAGUGGCUAUCAGUGUCGAUGCGUAGAUGGUUACAAAGGUGGCAAAUGUGAAUUUCUUCACGUGAUCAAUUUUAGGCGUGGUUCGUACAUGYCAAUUUAUUGGCAACCGCUGUCCAUUCCAGCGCUCAUCUCGUUUAGAUUUAGAACCACUCUAUCAAGUGCACUCUUGAUUUAUCAGRGAGCGGACUGGACGAAGGAGCAUCCAGACCAUCUAGCAGUCGAACUGUACCAAGGUGCAAUUCGUCUAUCAGUUAACCUUGGAACGAACACCGUAGUGACUACAACUGGUAGUAAUCUCAAUGAUGGGCUGUUCCACAAGCUUAACGUUGGUCUCACCAAAACGAGUGCAGAACUGACAGURGAGUCUAAAGCAUGCGCAGAUGGUACUUGCAAAGCAACUGCUGCGAUUCAAGAAACAAGUAUAUCGACGUUCCACGGAGUACCGACAAUGGGUGGGGUCAGUCAUUUAACACCCAUUAUUCGAACACAAAUUGUCACCGAUGGAAACUUUGUYGGUUGCAUUGAUGAUUUCCAAAUCAAUCAACUUUCUGGUUUACUAUCAUACUUCAUGGCCAAUGCUCAUCAAGUUAACCCCGGCUGCCAAAGGACUGACGUUUGUGCCAAUCAUCGAUGCCAACAUGGCGCAUGCGUAGAUCAGUGGUUUGAUUACCGCUGUCAGUGCAAAUCAGGAUACGAGGGCUCAUAYUGCGAAAAGCAAUCUGUUGCUACUUUUAAUCAGGAUAAAAAUCAUGGCUUAAUGUUCCAGUCUUCCGCGGCCAUUACCUCAUUGUCGUUUGAAUUCUCGGCAUCUUUGGUGUCUGAUGGGAUUCUUGCGUACGCCGACAAAGGUUCGUCACCAGGUUCUUUCGGUCUGUCUUUGACGAGAGGUCAGAUCAUUGCUGCAUACUACGUUAAUUUCGCCAAUGAAGCCGUCAAACGGAUUGGAACCAAACUCGAUGAUGGGUCCUGGCACCAAGUCAAUAUCACUGUAACUUCCGGGCACGUGAUUGUAAAAGUCGAUUCUUUCCAAGCAAUCCUCAGCCUUGGGUCUUACAGUAUUACUCAUUUAGACAGCAAAUUCUACAUGGGAUCCCUGCUCAAUAGCUUGGUUAGCUUAGGUCUGACCCUUGGAGGGUCGAUGACGUUUAGUGGGUGCGCACGCGCAGUAAGGAUUAACGGCGAGCUCAAAACAUUUGAGCUKGCAAAGAACUCUGGGUAUACUUUGCCAACGGCUGGUUGCAAGAAGGAGGAAAAUUGCAACGGCAAYGUUUGUGCCAAUGGCGGCACUUGUAUAGCCACAUGGUCGGGGUUUGUUUGUAAGUGCUUGAAAGACUUCAGCGGGAAAACAUGUCAAAAUAGCACCUCCAUCACAUAUCUGUCCAAAUCCAGUUAUAUAGAGGCUGCUCUCAACACCACUUACUGGCUAUUUGGCCAGUCUGGAUCUCUUUGGUUCCAGACCAUUCAAACCAGCGGUCUUCUCUUGUACGCUGGCUGGCRACCGGGAGGGACUAACACCGAUUAUCUCAUGAUUGAGAUUGCAUCUGGUCUUGUUAGAUUUACCGCUGACCUUGGCUCAGGAUCAACUUCUAUUGUUAUUGAUAAACCAAUCAGUGACGGUCUUUGGCACAAUAUCACGUGGUCAAGGCGUUACAAGCGCAUUCGUGUUGAUGUUGAUGGUGCGCAUGUCAAGGAGACUGACAUUCAAGGGAGUGAAGGUGUYCUUGAUGUCAUUAGYGCACAAGSCAUCUACGUGCAUUUAGGGGGAUUCCCCUAUCUACAAGCUAAAGGCUUACAGACUACCACCUCAUUUCAAGGAUGUCUGAAAGGGAUUCAAUUCAACCAUCGUUUUGUUCACAUCCUUGAUCCAUCAUCUCAAACAGGACUCUCCGUUAAGAACGCGCAAAUACAAGUCGGUUGUCAUAGGAACUCGUCAUGUGAUUCCAAUCCCUGCCCUGGAAACAGCGCAUGCGUGGACCAGGGCAGCUCGUUCAACUGUACCUGUUUACCACGAUGGAUUGGGGUGAACUGUACCAACCGAUUACCAGACUGCAAUGCUCACAAUUGCAGCAAUGGCGCUACUUGCAUGAAUACAACAACGGGGUUCAAUUGUGUUUGCCCGAAAGGAAUUACUGGGGAAUAUUGUAGCAUUUCUAUCAAUCCAUGUACCUCGUUUCCUUGUAGAAAUAAUGCUACUUGCUACCGUUUAUCAAGCGGUGGAUAUAACUGCACAUGUGCCAARGAUUUCUCUGGAAAGAACUGUGAAACAAGAAUUGACAAUUGCGCAAGCUCACCCUGCCAACAUGGCGGAACGUGURUUGAUGGAAUUGAAGACUACAACUGCACCUGUGUACCUGGUUUUGAAGGAAAAAGCUGCCAGACUCUCAACACAUGUUAUAAUCAUCGCUGUAAAAAUGGAAGCUGUUUUCAAGGAAACAACAACUAUACUUGUAAAUGCCAAGCACAAUUCACUGGUCGAUAUUGUGAUAAUUGUGUUCAGGGAUUUACAGGGAGUUCGUGUAACACACCUAUAGAUAAGUGUGCUUCUAACCCUUGUGUAAAUAAUGGAACGUGUUAUUUCAAUUCUACGAGCCCUUUUUCCAAUUUCACAUGUGCGUGUUUAAAUGGGUUUAAAGGACGAAAGUGUGAGACCGAUAUAGACGAAUGUCUCGAUAAACCAUGUCGCAAUAAUGGCACUUGUCAAAACCUUCUUGGAAGCUACAAAUGUAAUUGCUCGAAUGGUUUUACCGGCUCAGCAUGCUCAAUGAACAUUGAUGAUUGCACACCUAAUCCUUGUAAAAACGGUGGAACAUGCAAAGAUGAUGUUGAUAGUUACAGUUGCCAGUGUUCUGCUGGAUUUACUGGCUCUACUUGUUCAGUAAACAUCGAUGAUUGCUCACCAAAUCCCUGCAAAAACGGUGGAACAUGUAAAGAUGGUGUUGAUAGCUACACUUGCCAAUGUCUUUCUGGAUUUACUGGUUCGACUUGUUCAGUAAACAUCGAUGAUUGCUCACCAAAUCCCUGCAAAAACGGUGGAACAUGUAAAGAUGGUGUUGAUAGCUACACUUGCCAAUGUCCUUCUGGAUUUACUGGUUCGACUUGUUCAGUGAACAUUGAUGAUUGUUCCCCAAAUCCAUGCGAAAACGGCGGGGUUUGCCAGGACAAGAUCGCCGGAUAUUUAUGUACGUGUCAGACCGGUUUUACCGGAUUAACUUGUGGAAUCAAUAUAGACGAUUGUUUGCCAAACCCUUGUCAACAUGAAUCCAACUGUACUGACCUCGUUGCAAACUUUUCAUGUUCGUGUGCACAAGGAUUUCAAGGAAAACGCUGUGAACGAGAUGUCGACGAAUGUUUAACAAAUCCGUGCGCACAUGGAUUGUGUAAUAAUACCUUUGGAUCGUUUUCAUGCGACUGCACAAGCACAGGCUACCAGGGGCAAUAUUGCAGCGAUGAUGUCAAUGAAUGCUUAUCGUCACCUUGUCGCAACGAUGCAACGUGCACGAACACUCCAGGGUCUUUCGAUUGUAGCUGCCCUCCUGGUUUCACUGGACGRACUUGCGAUARUGACAUUGAUGAAUGCCUUAGCAAUCCUUGYUUGCAUAAMGGCAUUUGCGUCAACAACAAGAAUGGUUUUGAUUGUGUAUGCAAAGGAACCGGUUUCUAUGGAUACAGAUGUAGUAACAAUAUCGACGARUGUUCAUCCGGGACACACAAAUGCAGCAACAGUUCUUCAUGCGAAGACAUUAAAGGAAGUUACCGAUGUAUCUGCGAUACUGGAUUCAGCGGUCGGUUUUGUGAAAAUAAAACGUCAGUGGAGCCAACCGCUGGUGCACGUCACCAGCAACCAGUAUCGAGGGACCUGGAACUAGGUUUAGGCAUUGCAUUUGUGUUAAUUGUAUUGCUGGUUGCCAUAGUGAUUCUGUUUUUUUAUCUGAGGAAAAAGGCAGCGAAGGAGUCUGGGAAGUACUAUCCUUCAGAAGAGGAAACCAAAGGUGGUUUUUCCAUGGCACCUUUGGAUUUUCAACAACUCGAGAAAAAUGAAAAAUUAGUAUAGUUUUUUAUCAUUUUAUUUAACAAGAAUUUUUUUAAAGAACUGAUUUUUAAAAUCUAUGUAUAAAUGAUUGUACAUAGUCUGUAAAUAAUUGCACAUAAUCUCGAAAGUUUUAAUAAACAAAAUACAUUUUUUUUAUUCGCUAGAUUCUUAAAUUGACAAAGCCCAGACUGCAGUAAGCCACUUUAAAUGAAGGAACCUGUAAAUUUUGUGUACAUAAGCCGAAAUUACAUUUUAUAAUUAAAUGCAGUUUUAUUCUGUCUAUGUUAACAA